AUGUACAGCAAACAGCAAAAUAUUCAGUACGGAGUUUAUAAUACGAACCAUCGAAAGCGUGGAACCGCAUUGGUCUUUGUCGUUCACGAAGAUCGAAAAGGAUCACAUCGGGAUCUGAAAGACCUGCAGCAAGUGCUCAAGCAUUUACAAUUCGAUGUGCGUUCAUAUGAAGAUUAUACAGCAGCCGAAGUGCGAAAAGUGCUGGCAAAAGUUUCAAAAGAGGACCAUACCAACAGUGAUUGCCUGCUGAUAGUGUCGAUGACCCACGGUUCGAAGGAUAGACUCGCCUUCGUAGGUGGCGAUAUUUUUUGUAUUGACGAGUUGUGGAUGGACUUAGUUGGUAACAAAUGCCCAUCCUUAAUUGGGAAACCAAAGCUCGUCUUCGUACAAUCUUGUCGGGGAAAGAAAUAUGACGUUGGAUGUUACCACUCAUUUCUCCAAGUGGAUGCCGCACCGAAAGCAGUUCAACCUGUAAACCUAUGUUUGCCUAUGUACGCCGAUCUGCUGGUGAUGUACUCGACAUACGAAGAUCACGUUUCGUUCCGUAGUGAAACUGAUGGUUCCUGGUUCAUACAGUCCCUGUGCCAAGUGUUGGGAAGCGAUAUUAGCAAGAAGGAUCUGCUUGCUUUGCUCACCCAUGUAACGUACCUCGUAUCGUGUCGUUCGACUCCACCGCAACCAGGAUCUUACAAACAGGUGCCAGUGAUGAACUCAUCGCUAUGCAAAGCAUUUUACUUUGUGCCUAAGCUAAGCAAAGCAACUCAUACACAGCAAGUACAACGCUAGGCACGUGUACGAGGUACGAAUUCGCAGAAACGAUGGUUUCAACCGUUGGGGGAGAUACGAAUCCACAUCAAUGUGCAAUAAAAUACAUUCGAUACACUCGGGGAACUAGUAACUGUUUAAAUUUCUUAAGUGCUUCUGCACGCACAUAAACACACCCAAUAAUCAGUUUAAAAAAAAUUGUAAAUGGUACAGGUAACGUGUAGAUAACAAAUAA